GUGUCCAAGGACCCGGAUUUACAGUGAUCCUCGGCUUAACUCUCUCCGGCACGAGGCCUCUCCGCCGGCAAGACUCCGGCUUGUCUUCAGCUCCGGAGCCGGGCUUGGUCUGGUCGGAGCCGGGAGACAAAUGAGACAGGCAGCUGUAUGCCGCUGGCUUUGGCUGUCCUCUUCCAGCAGACUUGCAGAGUUCUUGGCCGAAGGGAAGUACCACGUCUGCUCCAAGAGCCAUUACCUUGGCACUUAAGUAGCCAGCUCUCCAGUGUGUCAGAUGCUGGUCUCUUUCAUGGGUCCCGGCUCCUUGUGAAAAAGAGGCCUUCUCUCUGGGUCAGGGGGGGCAUCCCAGGACCAUGGACUACCCACUUUGCCUUCCUGCCGGUGUCACAUGUGGGCUUCUGCACAGGUGCUUCUGAGAUGGCUGAACAGCGAUACUGUGUGGACUAUGCCAAGCGCGGCACAGCUGGCUGCAAGAAAUGCAAGGAGAAGAUUGUGAAGGGCGUGUGCAGAAUAGGUAAAGUGGUGCCCAACCCCUUCUCAGAAUCUGGGGGUGACAUGAAGGAAUGGUACCAUGUCAAGUGCAUGUUUGAGAAGCUGGAACGGGCCCGGCCUACCACCAAGAAGAUUGAGGAUCUGACAGAACUGGAGGGCUGGGAAGAACUGCAGGACACAGAGAAGGAUCAGAUCAACGGGCACAUUGCAGCACUGUCCUCAAAAGCGGCCAGCACACCAACAAAGAAAGCCACAGUCCAGGCCAAGCUGACCCCCGCCGGCCAGGUGAUUUCUCCACACAAAGGAGCCUCCUCAGUCACUAACAGCAAUCCCCGGAAAUUCUCUGGUUUCACAGCAAAACCAGGCACCUCCAACGAGCCCCUCCCCAGCCUCGCCCCCAAGCCCACCCUGUCGGCUGGCAAGUGUGACCCCAAGCACAAGGAUUGCUUGUUGCGGGAAUUUCGGAAACUCUGCACCAUGGUGGCUGAGAAGCCCAGCUACAAUGUGAAGACGCAGAUCAUCCAUGACUUUCUACAGAAAGGUUCAGGCGGCGAUGGUUUCCAUGGCGAUGUGUACCUGACAGUAAAGCUGCUCCUGCCAGGUGUCAUUAAAAGCGUUUACAAUCUGAACGACAAACAGAUUGUGAAGCUUUUCAGUCGGAUUUUUAACUGCAGUCAGGACGACAUGAUCCGGGACUUAGAGCAGGGAGACGUGUCAGAGACAGUGCGCGUGUUCUUCGAGCAGAGCCGGUCCUUCCCACCAGCAGCUAAGAGCCUCCUCACCAUACAAGAAGUAGAUGAGUUCCUCCUUCAGUUGUCCAAACUCACGAAAGAGGAUGACCAGCAAAAUGUGCUACAGGACAUUGCCUCCAGGUGUACCGCUAAUGACCUCAAGUGCAUCAUCAGGCUCAUCAAGCAUGACCUCAAGAUGAAUUCGGGUGCCAAGCACGUGCUGGAUGCCCUGGACCCUAAUGCCUAUGAAGCCUUCAAGGCCUCAAGGAACCUUCAGGAUGUGGUGGAGCGUGUCCUGGCAAACCAGCAAGAGUCUGAGAAGUCACCGGGUAUGAAGCGGACACUUAGCGUGCAGGCAGCUCUUCUGACCCCUGUGCAGCCCAUGCUGGCUGAGGCCUGCAAAUCUAUUGAAUAUGCAAUGAAGAAAUGUCCCAACGGGAUGUUCUCUGAGAUCAAGUAUGACGGGGAGCGGGUGCAGGUGCACAAGAAGGGCAAUCACUUCAGCUACUUCAGCCGUAGCCUCAAGCCUGUCCUACCUCACAAAGUGGCCCAUUUUAAGGACUACAUCCCCCAGGCAUUCCCAGGGGGCCAGAGCAUGAUCCUAGAUGCCGAAGUCCUUCUGAUUGACACCAAAACAAGCAAACCUCUGCCCUUUGGGACUCUGGGUGUGCACAAGAAAGCUGCUUUCCAGGAUGCCAAUGUGUGCUUAUUUGUGUUUGACUGCAUUUACUUCAAUGACAUCAGCCUGAUGGACAGGCCAUUGUGUGAACGUCGGAAGUUUCUCCAAGACAACAUGGUUGAAAUUCCCAAUCGGAUUCUUUUCUCUGAAAUGAAGCAUGUCACGAAAGCUUCAGACUUGGCUGAUAUGAUCAACCAUGUCAUCCGGGAAGGACUGGAAGGACUAGUGCUGAAGGAUGUGAAGGGCACCUAUGAGCCAGGGAAGCGACACUGGCUGAAAGUGAAGAAGGACUACCUGAAUGAGGGGGCCAUGGCUGACACGGCAGAUCUGGUGGUCCUUGGGGCCUUCUAUGGGCAAGGGAACAAAGGUGGCAUGAUGUCCAUCUUCUUGAUGGGCUGCUAUGACCCCAGCAGCCAGAAGUGGUGCACAGUCACCAAAUGUUCAGGAGGCCACGAUGAUGCCACCCUUGCCCGCCUGCAGAAUGAGCUAGACAUGGUGAAGAUCAGCAAGGAUCCCAGUAAGAUUCCCAGCUGGCUGAAAAUCAAUAAGAACUACUACCCGGAUUUCAUCGUCCCGGAUCCAAAGAAAGCUCCUGUUUGGGAGAUCACAGGGGCUGAAUUCUCUAAGGCUGAGGCCCACACGGCCGAUGGCAUCUCUAUCCGUUUCCCCCGCUGUACCCGAAUUCGUGAUGAUAAAGAUUGGAAGUCGGCCACCAACCUCCCACAGCUUAAGGAGCUGUACCAGCUUUCCAAGGAAAAGGCCGACUUCACCGUGGUGGCUGCAGAUGAGGGCAGCUCUGUGGCUAGCGGCAGCAGUGGAGAGAAUGAGGGCGGCUCAGGGCCUUCCACCCCUCGAACAGCCUCCAAAGCAUCCCCCAGGAAGGCCCCUGCCCCGGCCAGGAAGGCAGAAAGAAAGAUGAAUGCCCCCCCCAGUAAAGCAGGCAACAAGCCGACUGUGAAACCUUCCCCUGGGAAAGUGGAGGAGAAGAAAGGGGAAAAAAGGAAGGCGCCUGAGGAAGACAUGAGCCAAAAGAAGGCGCUGCUGGACAUCUUCACAGGUGUGCGGCUUUAUCUGCCGCCCUCCACACAGGAUUUCAGCCAGCUCCGCCGCUACUUCGUGGCAUUUAACGGGGACCUGGUCCAAGAGUUUGACACAGCCUCGGCUACACACGUGGUGGGAAGUGGGGACAAGAACCCUGAGGCCCAGCAGGUUUCCCCUGAAUGGAUCUGGGCAUGUAUCCGAAAAAGGAGAUUGGUGGCACCAUGCUAGGGCCCCCAGCGUGUCCUCCCCCAUGGGGCAGAUGUUACAAGGCCCCAGGGAAGGGACAGAAGAGCUGUGAUGAUUAUUCCUAUGCUGCUUGUGCCUGUCUUCCAAAGCCCAAUGUAGACCCCUGUCCCACCUGCUCUAGAGCUGAGGGAGGUGGGUCAGCGGACACUGGAGGUGAGAGGGAGGAAGGUGUGAAAUCUGUGUCUCAUUUGUCUGAAGAGAACUUUCAGAGUCAGGUGCUGGUUUUUUCUUUUUCUUUUUGUCUGAAGAUCCUGGGUAUUUUUAAAUAAAGACGCUCUUGAGAGUGGCUUCACCCUUCUGCCUGGUGCUGGUGCUAGUGCUCUUGGCCAGGUAGGAGAGGAGAGGAAAUGGAGGGGGGGGCUGAGGCAGAACUCCGUGCUCCAAGAGGGAGGGGUGGCUUCUGCCCUCUCACCAUUUCCCACUAAAUACUUUUUAGAAGUACUUAAAAAGACUUUACAGGGUACUUUUUUAAAAGAGGAAAAUGCAGGUCUGUGUGGCCUGGCCCACCCUUUGUCAGGUGGUGUCAGUUUUUAAAGAUUAGCAGAAUAAACUCCUAUGAAAGAUG